AUGAACGAGCUCCUCCAAUGGAGCAUACAAAACUCCGACGCCGGCCGUGACCCCAGCCAAUCGCAGCACGCCACCCGCGGCCUCUCCGCCGACGCCCUGGCCCAACUGUUCGGCGGCCCGUCGGACGCCGACCGCAUGCGUGACGCCAUGGUGGCCGUCGUGUCGCCUGACGUCGACCUGGAGAACAAGCUGAUCGCGUUCGACAACUUCGAGCAGCUAGUGGAGAACAUCGAUAAUGCGAAUAACAUCGAGCCGCUGGGGCUGUGGGGGCCGUUGAUUAAGCAGUUGGAGAAUGAGGAGAAGGAGUUGAGAAGAAUGGCGGCAUGGUGUGCGGGGACGGCGGUGCAGAAUAAUCCGAAGGCGCAGGAGAGGUUAUUAGCCGCGGGCGGCGUCCCGAUUCUCGUGAACCUCGUCGUCAAUGAUGCCGACCAAGGCGUUCGAAAGAAGGCGAUUUUGGCCCUCAGCUCGGUGAUCCGAAACUACCAGCCCGGGUUGGACAUCGCGCUGGAACAUCUACCGGACGAGUACAAGUCGGAGGAAAAGAUCGAUGCGGGUGAUAUGGAGGCGGUGGACUCGAUAAUUCAGAAGCUGCGGGACGCCUCUAGUCAAAAAGGAUGA